UUAAUUGGGCAACAAUAAGGUUGAAUAAAUCAGAAUUCAAAACCUUUCAAUAGAUAAAUAUACAAGUCAUGAGUAGCAUUAAUUUAUUAACUUACUUCCAACGAUUCACCUUAUUCUUGGAACGAGUCAUUUGAAUGUUGAUAACAAUUUCAUUCAUCGGCCAAUGAAUACCCAACUGUACAAAUUAAAAAUAGGCUCUCCAUGGAAAUUUUUGUCAUUUUGAAAGAGACGAAAGAACUACAUGGGUGUUGCCGUGUUGGUGAUUAUUUUCUAGUAAAUAUGAAAAAUGCGUUGGGCAAGAUAGCCACCCUUUGCAGAAACUGGCGGGAAGGGGAAAUGGACCUCCUCAAGCUCUCAAAAUUUCAGCUCCAACUCCGUGCCCUAAUAUCCGAAGUCCAUCAUCUCAAAGAGAGAGAUCAAUCCGCCUCCAAACAGCUCCAACUUUUGGUUCAGAAACAAAAGAAAGCAGAGGAAGAAACGAAUAAGAAAUUGGCAGAUUUACAAGCGGAAUUAGUGGUGUCUAAUGAACUCCAGCAGAAACUCGAAAGAAAGGUUAACUGCCUUGAGAGUGAAAAUGCAUUGCUCGAGAACAGGCAGAAAGAAUUGAAGGAAACUAUUAAUAACCUACUGCAAUCGAGGGAAAGUUUUGUCAAAGCAUAUGAGGACUCUACAUGCGAAAUGAAACGAGCUAUGGAAUCUAGGGAUCGAAUGAUUCUUUUUCUUUCUGAGAAGAUAAAGUCUCAUUCUUUACUUGUUAAUUCAAUAGAGAAGGAGGCUUCCUCCAUCAAGCAGAUUGUAAAUGACACAGAGUAUAUAUUGACUGAGAAAGAGGAAGCUGCAGUAAAGUUGAAGAAAAAGUUACACGAGAUUGCUACGUUCGAAAAGCUAUUCAUUGAAAGAAUCAGUGAUCUGGAAUGCAAAAUAAGGAACAAUGAGGAAGAGCUCACAAGAAAGGACAAAAUCAUUUUGUGCCUGGAAGCGCAGUUAAAGAUGGCAAAAACUCAGGAUGAAUUCCAACCUACAGUUGAUGAGCUUCAGAAAGCUCUGUCAACAAAGGAACUGAUCAUACAGAAUCUAGCGUCACAAAAGAAGGUAUUACAUCUUGAAGUGGGAAGCUUAAGUUUUAUCAUAAAGAAGAUUCAAGAUGCGGUCACACAUAUGAAUGAAAAGGACAGAAAAGCUUUCUCCUCAUUUCUGGAAGGCCAGGUGGAAUGUGUAACAAUUGAAGAGAAUAAACCUAAUGGGAUUACAGAUGGGCUUGACGACAAUGGAGAAAAAUAUGAUCAGAAAGCUUUUGGGAAAAAACCUGGCGACCAUUCAGCUUUGUCAGGAGCAUCCACGCAUGAUGAAUUUCAAGAGAGAUGCAUAUUGAAUUCUUGGAGGGAGGACAAUAAUGUGGAGUCCAGCUCAUCAGAGAAUCGCAGUCUGGUUGCUCUUCAUCAAAGCUAACUCCUCAACUUGCGGCAAAUGUCCCAAGCGUUUCUCAUGCAUAGACAAAGGUACAUCAUGAUAAAUAUCAAUUUCUUUUCAUCAUGGAAUCGUGCUUGCGAUAUGGGUUCAAAUCCUUUGUAAAGAACAAUUCUUACCUUGGGGAAGCACAAAUUGCAUUAUGUAGGAGGACAACUGGACAAAUAUAAUAAGUCUUAACAGUCAAUGGCAGCCUUGCUGCAUAGUUGUAUUUCCAAAAUUAAGUUGUGUUUUGUGUUCUGUGAUAAUUAGACUUAUAGGAGGUCGUGUUCUGUGUUUCGAAGAAAUCCUUUUUGUAUCCCUAAAAAGAGCAUAUUGUCCUUUUCUCCAUUCCUUAACGAUCAUUUGGGUAAUGGAGCCAUUUCAGAUGCUCUCUCUUCAAUCUGAAGUAAAUUAGUGGUU